UCAAGGAACUGAGUUUCCUAGGGAAGUAUGGUGCCAUACUUCCACACCAUACGAGGGUGCGACUCUAUAGUGUGGUCUGUGGUCAUAUUUAUUGAUAUUAAUUUUUUUCGCCGCCAACACAGGAUAUGUGAUAAAAACAAGGAGUAUAACAAGAUCUUCAUUUCCCAUAUUAUAUUCAGUUAUACUUGACCAGAGCUGAGGAUAAUAGGUCUUGUUCUAGUAAUUACAGAUUAAUUUUAAUAAACUACCCUAUUAUCAUCGUUUUGCCAGCAUUGAGAGCGAUCAUGAACAUAGGCUACAGGUUUUUCACAGUUAUUCUUGUUUCAAUCUCAGUUACAGAUGUGUUUUCUUCUGGAUCAAGAUUGUCAACCAAACAUGGAAAUGUUAUCAAAUCCAAACCAUUGAUGGGAACCAGAUCUUGUCAGAUACCAUCAGUACGAACACAAUCUAUUUCGAGAAGAAAUCCGAAUCGGAGAAAGAAAACCUACAGCCGAAUUCAGUAGUGGAUGGAAAUGGAGCAGUGGUGCACAUUGAAUGUGGUGAUGGAGCAAGAGAGAGUACCUCCUGGCAAGGAGAGCAUUACAUGGUCUGCUAUGAUGGGCAGUGGUACCCACCCAAUAAUGUGUGCAUUAAGCUCUGCCCAGCGUUGAGUUUUCCAAACUCGGUGUUCGAAUGCACUGUGAACGGUGAACCAGUGUCCUGUGAAAGGAACAUGCAACCACGCACGGUGGCCACACGAACAUGUAAAUCCGGCUACAGAGACGAAAGCCACAAUGCACCAAACAUCUGCAAAGACAAUGGAGAAUGGGAAUACAAACAUAUUGAUUGUUAUACAGAUUGUGGAGUCAUUGACCGUGACUAUCAAUCAAAUAACACUGAAUAUGAUGAUUUAUUGACUUUUCCUUGGAAAGCUGGACUGUACAUGAAAAAAGGUGACUCCAAUGAUUUUGAAUUUAUUUGCAGCGCUACUCUGUUAGAAACAGGAAACGUUAUAACAGCUGCCAGUUGUGUGAAAGAUAGUAAUGGAUCUCUAAUAAAUAGUGAUUUACUAAGAGUGGGAUUAGGAAAGAGUUACAUGCCUUGGAAUGAUCCUCGUGAUAUCCAUGCUCAAAAAUUUGAAGUGACUAGAGCUUCAGAUGGAUAUCUCCAUGCUUUGGUGAUUGGUAAUCAAAUUUCUAAAUUCAAGAAAUCCUUAGAGCUGUUUGAACCUCUGUCGUUCAUAUUCAUGAAAGGAGCAGUUGAUCUUAGUGCCUUCACUCGUGCCAUAUGUAUAGAUUCUAUAGGAUCAAAUAGCAAAAUAGAAUUUCUGGAAGGAGAGAUAUUCGGUUGGGACCGUGAUGGAAAUCAUGUAUCAUAUAAUAUCACACUCUAUACAAAUGAUUAUUGUAAGACUCUAAUAUUCAAUUUGAGAAACCGUGAUGCUGAAUUGGAGAAGGAGAUAAUGGAGUUUGGACGUUUCUGUACUGAUAGGGCUCUACCGGAUACUCUCUACGGUAGUUCCGUCAUGUACUAUGAUGAAGGAGAAAAAGUAUUCAACUUGGUCGGUGUUCUGAUAAGUGUUCAUGAAUCAAUCAGCAUUUUUCAAGGUUUGAGAGAUAGGGAAGCUUCACAGGCACUUCUUCAUUAUUACAAUAAUUUGAUAUCUCUGGUUGCCGAAAAGCAGUAGUUUGAUUAGGAAUUAAGUGGAGUGUGAAAGUGUGAAGUGAGUUCUAUUUUGUCAUGCAGCAUUUUAGUACCUACCUUUUAUUUUGUAGAUCUUUUUGUGAGACUGUACCUAUAUCUCAGGGAAUCAUAUUUAAGGUUAUUGUACUACACUAAAAUAUUGUUAAAGCAUUGAAGAUUCUUCUGCAUGAUAAAUAACUAUACUAUCAUCAUUGAUGAUAGUAAAGUAUUGGUCAAUGAAUAUUGAUCCAUGCUAUAUAAAUGACAAUACUGUGUAAUGCGCUCUGUCUAAAUUGUAGCUUUAGUACCUAGUUCAAACUAUUCCUAGAGAAAAGUUGUAAAAUAUUAAUCACUCUCUAUUCUACUACAGCUUUAGCCUCAUGUGUAUCCCGUUAUUCUACUUAUAUGAUACAAUAAUAAUAAUUUUUGAUGUUUGGGAUAUCAAUCAUUACCGUAUAAGAGCUUAAUUUUCUAUGUGUAUUUUAACUAUAAGACUGAGUAAUUAUUUAAGAUACGAAAUCGUAGUUCAAGAUGUAUAUCAUUCUCUCAAGCAAUAAGUUGAGACCUUGUCUUAAUUGCCCCUAUAUUUUAUAAUACAAUAUUUUAUAUUUUAUUCCAAUUCCACAUAAAUGCCGGUGACCUACAGCAACAUAAAAGUCAUAUUGCUAUUUGUCAAGAAGUCCAGUCCAAUCUUCUGAGCCUAGCAGGAUAUUCCACAGGAUAUUCCAGGUGUAGACUAAAUAUGAACAUCAUUACAUAAUAAAAUAUCAAUAAAAAUGCAAAAUGCGUAAUAAAAUGUUAGAUCAAAGUAUAGUGAAGACCAGCGACUCCCGGUGGGUCGAGACACUACGUGGGUUGCCAAAAGAUUUUUGGUGGAUCGCUGCGUGACUCUCCAAAAUCUUAAAAACGAUAAAAUAAAUCACUACAAUUUUUUUUUAAAGAAAGCAUAAUAGUUUUUUUGAAGAACGGAACUAAGAUACUUUGAAAAUUCAAGGAAGUAAAUAUUGCUAAUUCAUCAUAAUCACAUUAUGCCUGUACUAGGAAAACUUGCGUACUAUUUUUGAAAAAUCUAAUAAAAUCAAGUUAUAAGAUUGUAAUAUUGUCAAAAAUACAAGAAUAAAUUAUUGGUUCAAUAAAU